CACUACAUAACACACAACAAUUUAUUCAUGUGUUAUUUGGUGCACCAUGAUGAUGUGGUACUGCGGUUUGACUGCUGAUGGGUGGCCACCGUGACGGAGCAGCUGUUUGUACAUAGUCUCUUCAGCCACAUUGACUGUCUGCCUUUUAAAAUCUAUACCACUAAUGACUUGGCAUCAUUACUGAAGACAAAAACUGUGAGUGUGUUUUAGCACAUUUUGAAUUCAAUAAAAGUGGUAGUUAUUUGUGCAAGAUUAUGGAAGUUAUUAAAUGUAAAUAAACAAUGGUAUACAAAAUAACAGGUAUAGCAACCACAAAAAAAUAUAAAACUAAAUUGAUUAAUCCAUGAGUGUGAGAUUGGAUGGUUGUUUUUAUCUAUGUGGCUCUGUAAUGGGCUGGUGACGUGGGUGUACCCACAAACAACCAUCCACUCUUUAGAAUUUGUAAUAUGUCUAAUCCCCAAUUAAGUGUAUAAAUAAUUGCAAAAUAAAUAAACAAAAUGAAUGAGCCCAUAUAAGAUUGAGACCUAAUUCAGACAUGUGUGAGAAGUAGGGAAGAAAGUGUCAACAUUAACCAUUUUAUUACAUGUUUGUCAAUUAGGAUUUAACUAUUUAAACAAAUGGAAUUUCAAAGAAAUUGCAGUGAUAAUCCCACAUAAACUGUGCUGUGGUCACGUGACCCCGUGACAGCUGACGUCGAGGCUCUCCAGGCUGUGGUGAUUUUAAAGUCCCGGGUAGACGGAAGUCUGGCCCGCUGUAUGUGUAUGUGUGUGUGUGUGUAUUAUCAGCUGAGAGCUACUGGCUAACGAGCUAGCUACAGCAUUGACUGCACUGAAUGUUCAGCUGUGUGUGUAAAGUAACAGCUAAACAUUAUACGAGUGGAAAACAUGAGGCUAUUAGGACAACGAUGCACCACUAAGAAGAUGAUGGGGAACUGAGCAUUUAUAACCCAGUGAAGAGCAGAGUCUGUGCUUUCUGCUCCCUCCUUCGUCCCUGUCUUCUGCCCCUCACCUCCAUCUGGUCAACCAGUGUGUGUGGACACCGUAACCAUGACGACAGGUGGGUGUUGCCACCUGCCCGGCUCCCUGUGCGACUGUGCCAGCAGCACGGGUCUGUGGAAAAGCGUGGAGGACGUCAGUGGUGAAGGGUGUCAGGCUCUCUACGUCACACAGGUCACGGCCAGCGAUGGACGGCCGCUGUCGUCGGUGCUCAAACCCAUGAGCACACAAAGUGAUGGUCCCAUAUGUCGCAUUUGCCAUGAAGGAGGCAGCAGUGAAUGUCUCCUGUCGCCGUGUGACUGCACAGGAACCCUGGGCACCGUGCACAAGAGCUGCUUAGAGAAGUGGCUCUCAUCUUCCAACACAAGCUACUGUGAGCUCUGCCACACACAGUUCAGCAUCGAGCGCUGUCCGCGGCCUCUCACAGAGGUAACAAAGUGGCUGCGGGAUCCUGGUCCUCGUAACGAGAAGAGGACACUGUUCUGUGACAUGGUGUGCUUCUUGUUUAUCACGCCUCUUGCAGCCAUCUCAGGCUGGCUGUGUCUGAGAGGAGCUCAGGACCAUCUUCAGCUGGGGAGCUGGCUGCAGGCCGUGGGCCUCAUCGCCCUCACCAUUGCCCUCUUCACCAUCUACAUUCUCUGGACCUUGGUAUCGUUCCGCUAUCACUGUCAGCUCUACUCUGAGUGGAGACGAAGAAAUCAGAAAGUGCGUCUGCUCAUACCUGAAGCAAAGGAAUCUAACUCUUCCCAGCAUUCUUUGCUCUCCAGUAAACUGACGAAGAAGCCUCCCAGUGAGAGUAUAGUAUGAGACCAAAUGGAGAUGAUGAUCUUGGCUGAUUUUCAAUGCACCAUGGCUGACGGCAAGACUUAAAAAGAAGCACUUUUGGGGUUUUUUGGUUGCUUUUCCCCAUUUUUUUGUACCUAUGUUUUCACAUUAGGUUUCUUUCUUUCUUUUUGAAUCUAUCAUUGUGCGGUUGUCGUGAUGGGUCUUUACCAAGCUCAUGCUAAAGCACUGAAGAAGGGAAGAGCACUUGAAAGGUGAGCAGAGACAUGAACACAGUGUUAUCAAAGGACCAGAGAAAUCAAACACUGUGAACUCUGAGGUCAUCACAGAACAUGACCAUGCUAACAUGCACAAUCAUGCAUGCAACCAUGUUGAUAGUUUUUGUUUGUCUCUUAGCUUAUUGUAAUAUGCUUGUGAAGAGUGAACAGAUUUACUUUUCCUACUGAAGUUGGGUUUAACAGUGUCCUCACAGAGGUUCUUGUAUUAUCAGCACUUAACAAGUAAGUCUUUAUAUUUAAUAGACUGAUUUUAAAAAACAAAAAUCAAAAUGGCAAGCAUUAUUUAGUGGCUGGUGCAGCUCACUAAAAUAUAAUUUCAGAUGGUGUGUUAAAGUGUUACGUUUUUCUUACGUAACGACACAUAUUUCAAUCGGGUACACAAAAACAUGUCACAUGAUGGAAAUGAUCGUUAAGCAUCAUGUAUGAAAAGGGUUUUUAGAUUCCUUCUGUCAGUCUAAGGCUUUGCUCAGACUGCAAAUUAAUUUUAUUUUGUUUUUGAAAGUCACGACAGUAAAAAAACAAACAAAAAAACAUCAACAUCAAAUUAGAUUUCUGCAUCUCACCGACCACUGGCUGCACAAAAAUGAUAUGAAUAAGUAAAUAUCUCUUCACAAAGGUGGGUACACCACCUACGUCUUAAAAAAAGGGCUGAAUUAUUAUGGUUAAGCGGUUAAUGAUAUGAAUACUGUGCAUAUUACAUUUUCAAUAGCAGCUUAGGUGAUUUGCUAAUUUAACUUUUUUCAUAUUGUGAAUUUGAUUUCAGAAUAAUAAAGUAGUUUUUGCCUGAAAUGACCUAAUUUGUCAACAAUGACACUCGCAAGUGAUACAUUAUGCAAACACCACUUAGGCCAAAUCUGACUCUGUUUAUGUAUUAUUAUUAUUAGAAUAUUAUUUUUUUUUGUAUUAUCCUUUAGAGGAGGCCACUAGAGACUCCCAUGCUCUUCUUCUUGGUCCAUUUGAUGGAUGUCAUUUUAUUUUUUUGUAAACGUUCCCUCAGUCUGUUGUCACUGAGCAGAAUCAGCUUGUUGUGUUGUUGGACAGUCUCUCUCUCUCUCUCGCUCGCUCGCUCGUAUCUUGUAAAUAUCUGGUUUGCAGUUUAAAAUCACAAACCAGAACUAAUCCUGGUUUCCAGUUUCCACGUCAUAAGGUGAUCCUCUUUUAAACCUGCUUUUAUUUUUUUAAUUCCAUCUAAUUUGGGUGACGAGGAGUCGGUUAAUUACCAGAUCAUGUUUAUCUUCAACAACAUGUGUAGCACUAAAAACAAUGUUGAAACAAAUCAACUGAGGCCACAGACUCCAUACACAGCGGCUUUUUACUGGAAAUGCAGGUGUAAAAUUAUUGCAUAUAUAUCUUAAAAAAAAUUUGUUUGCUGUGCAAUGCUGUGGGAAGCAGUUUUUUUGUUUUUUUUUAAAAGAGGAAAAAGCAAUAUCUGUUGUAAACGCACGACACAAGAGCAACAAAGCAAGCUUUAAUCUGACAAUUUAAACAAAUCAAUCCUCUUGCUACAAACUUGUUUAAAAUAUACAUUUUUAUUUACAUCCUUUUCUCUCCAGCACAGACAUUUAUAGCUUUGCCACUUUUAUCUUUGAUGACUUUAGUCAUAAUGAAGACUGUAGUCCAGUCGUCCAUAUAUUUGUAUUUACUUAAUACUUAAACUAUCAGACAUUGAACAAUUGGCGUUUGGUGCUGUGGUGAGAGGACAUUUAGAGAUUUCAUUAACAAUAUAAAUCGUGAUAUAUUUACCCUCAAUGUCAGUAUCACAAAGGUUCAGUAUGUAUCAUUUUGUGUUUUGCACAUACGGAGACGCAACACACAAUUGAAAUGCUUUAACUCAGACAGGUUUCUGUUUAAGGAAUGUUUCUUGUUUUCUGUUGAUAAAGAAUUAACUCUUGGUUUUAAUCAAUUAACACACAAUUUACUGGUUUCUUCAAAGGGCAAAAAGUCAUCAUUAAUUAUCUGAAUUUUCAUCACAAUGAUUAUUGAUAAUGACUGAUAUGAAAGACAUUCUGUCCAGCCCUAGUUUCCUCCUGCACUGUGUUGACGGUCACGUACAGAUGAGACAAACUUGUUGCAUCCAUUUCAUGGAAAAAAACAGGAGCUCACGAUAUUUCUCUGAAAUGACUGAAAACUGAUCAAAGCAAAGUCAGAUUUGUGUCUAACACAAAUGCAAUGUAUACAUGCUGCAAGGUUACCAACACAUUUAUUCACAUCUGUGCUCGACCUUGUGAUUUUAAAAUGACAGUAGAGGCUCAAUGGCUCAUUGUUGAGCAGCAGCAGCAGUGAACAGGAACACGGUGCAUCACAGUGCUGUGUUCAGUGGGAAAUGGACAUCACAGCUGUUUGGCAGCAGAUAGUGCGGCUGUUAUUUCCUCAUCCUGGCAGCACUUGGCUCAUAGCGAGGUCAGUGUCCCACAUACUGACCCGCUUAAUCAUUUUGUUGAUUAUAUCCCACAAUACGUUGCUGGUCUGUCCUUACAACAGGGCUUUACUUCAGGUUCUGUGGUUUAUUGGGACAUGGAUUUAAAGCAAAGAGCUACCUUAUUUUAAAAUGAACAGUAAUACAGAUCGUGUUUUCUGUUUGUUCACAAUUAUGAAACAGGGCUCUUCUGUUCUUUUGUAUUGUCGUUUCUCCAAAGAGUUUCAUUGCACUUUGUAAAAAAAAAAAUCUUUUUCUUUGUUUAUUAUAUACACACAAAAAAACAUGUUGAUGUUACUUAUGUUAAAGAACAUGUGUUUGUAACAUUUUACUUCCAUGUAUUGUUUGGAGGGUGAGUGUGUCAAUAUACAGUAUAUUGUUUCUUGCAAUUCAGUGUUCACACUUUGCCAAUAUCACUAUGUAAAGAGUGUGGUGUGGGGGAAAAGAGAACGAUGUCUUCACUGAAAUUCUGGUACCUGAAUUGUUUGCAAAGCAAAUAAAAAAAAGGUUGAUAAA